GGAACUUGUCUCCCAUCAGUUUGGACAAAUGAACCUCACCUAGUAACAUGCCGCUGUCCACCAGGAUUUGAUGGACCUAAAUGUCAAAACAAAGCUUUAGAAGUCUGCAGUCUACCUGUUAGUCCAGGUUCCUGUAACAGUAGAGUAACCAGAUGGUAUUAUAACUAUGUCACCCAGAGAUGUGAGGAGUUUAUAUAUACUGGAUGUGGCGGCAACUCUAAUAACUUCCCUGAUUAUCCUUCCUGUCAGACCAGAUGUAUGGUAGGAGCAUGUUGUUAUAGAUAUCCUGUCUUCAGAGACAAAGUGGUUGGCUAUGAUGAGAAAGGCUAUGAUAGAUAUGGAUUUAAUGUAGAGGGCUUUAACAAGAAGAGAGAAGUGCAAACCUACAAUAACAGUUUAUCAACAGGGGACCAGAUAUAUAAUAGUUAUGGUUAUGAUAGAAAUGGUUAUAAUAAAGCUUGGUAUGACAGACAGGGACUGGACAGACAGGGCUAUAACCAGGAAGGAUAUGAUGCUGAGGGCUUUAAUAUCUUAGGAUACAACAGAAUAGGAGAAUAUGAUGGAAUUAUAGAGUAUAAUAAAGAUGGCUAUACUGUAGAGGGUUAUAACAGAGCUGGAUACAGUUGCCUUGGUAACAACAGAAGAGGCUAUGAUAUUUUCGAACUUGCUUAUGGUUACAAUCACAAAUGUAGGUCAUUGACCUUAGGUCAAUGUCAAUCUGUAGAAAAGAAGAAAGAUCAUCAGGUUGUAUCCUUCAGUCAAGGUCGUAAGUGUGAAGAUGUUGAUUGUGGGGAGUCCUGUGGUUGUCACUAUGGUAACACUACCUAUAGAAUAGGGGCAAAGGUCAGUAUUGGUUGUCAGGAAUGCCUGUGUGACAGUAAAGGAGUAUUGAGAUGUGCUUGUAGACAAACAAUCAAUCGUAAAGAAAUCAGAGAAAUGAGUGACACUGAAAUCCAGCGCUAUCAGUAUAACGUUAGACGACUUGCCAUGGAGACGGGAUGUCCGUCACGUUGGUUUCAGAUAGCUCAGAUGUACGCUGAUUAUAAACCUCAGGCAGUUGGUAGUGAUGCUUUCUUGCCCUGGCAUAGAUACUUUUUGAGAUAUGUUGAACAAGAACUUCAGCAGCUAGAUUGUGAUGUAGCAAUUCCUUAUUAUGAUUGGACAAUAGACGCUGGAAAACCAGAUAAGUCAAUUGUCUGGUCAAACAAAUAUUUUGGUGGAAAUGGCGAAGGAGUCACAGGUUGUGUGCAAUUCCACCCAUUCAAGGGACAUAACCCACCAUAUUGGAUGCCAUGUUUGAGGAGAAAAUUCAACAAGGAUAUAAGUCUACCAGAUGCUGUUAAUCUACAAUUAGCUGUGAAUGAUCCAUCAUACACAAACUUCAGAUUACAGAUGGAAGUAGUAUCACAGCUAUUCCAGUCAUGGGUUGGUGGUCACAUGGGGUCAGACUUCAGUCCCUACGAUCCAAUAUUUCUAUCACAUUUAGCAUUCAUUGAUAAGAUUUGGGACACAUGGCAGAAGAAGCAUCCAAAUGGGUUAUUACUGUAUCCCAGUACACAGCGCUAUGUUCCAAUGGCUCCAUUCCAUGUCACUCCAGAUGAUGUGCUAGAAUCUGAAUCACAGAUGUGUGUGAAAUAUGUGCCACUUACAGAAGGCCUAAUAUGUAAUAUCAGAAUUCCAGCUCUUGGUUUUGCCAUUAAAGGAUAUGAUCGUCAUGGUUACGACAGAGAGGGUUAUAAUAAAAAUGGAUAUGAUGUAAAAGGUUAUGAUAGAUCUGGAAAUUUUGAUUCUAGAGGAAUAUACAAUGCUAAUGGUUACAAUCGCUAUGGUUACAAUCGUCAGGGCUUUGACCAAACUGGAUUUGAUAGAUAUGGUUUCUACAUUGAUAUGUAUAAUUUGGAUGGAUUUGAUGUCAAUGGUUUAGAUAAAUGGGGUUUUGAUAGAUAUGGUUUUGAUACCAAUGGAGUAACACCUUUUGGUUUUAAUAAAAAUGGUACAUGGACUAUAAGUGAUUACAAAAAUAUGUUUGAUUCAUCAGGCUACAAUCGCUAUGGUUUCAACAAAUAUGGUUUUGAUAGGGAAGGGUUUGAUGUAUUUGGUUUUAACUCAAAAGGCUUUGAUUUCAAAGGGUGCAAUAAUUAUUUCUUAGGACCAAUGUAUGUGUUAAUUAAGCGCUGGGCUGAAAUUGAGUUAAACAAGGCUAACAAUUUGACCAUUCGUGUGAUUGUAAGAAUUUGUCCAGCUGUCAGUACAUACCCUUCAUGGAGAUACACAACAAACUGGUUACACAGAGGGGACCAGAUCUUACUGAUAGAGAGGCUACAGGAAGAACAACAAAGAACACAUCAGAUUGAUCCAAAUUACAUGCCUAGAGUCUCCAGUAUUACUGAUGAGAGAAUCUGGUUACCUAUUGAAGCAGAUCGAAGGCUAUGCUUUAUAACAUAUUAUUAUUCCAAGUGUCCAAUUGGAAGGUUACCUGUCACAUGUAACAAUGACCUCUGUAGAGAUCGUAAAUGUCCAGGUAUACCAGAUGCUGUGUGUAGAGUGAACCGGUGUGGGAGUUGUUCUGUAGAAUGGUACAAUGUGGUGACCGGUAACAUUGUACAAUGUAGUGGUUGCAUAGAUGAACGAGGAUUAGAUAGAGUUGAAGGGUCAACAUGGAGGAAAUCUGAGUGUGAUACUUGUCAAUGUCAGAAUAGUGUGAUAACCUGCAGGAAAACUGCAUGUGAACCUGUGAGAUGUAGAUAUCCUAUACAAAGUCCUGGACAGUGUUGUCCAUCUUGUGAGGGUGGUUGUUUAUACCAAGGUAGAAUUUAUGUGACGGGCAGUACAUUUGUACCAAUGACAGAUUCCUGUAAGAAAUGUAUGUGUGACCGUGGUGACGUGACAUGUCAGAGGAAACCUUGUCCAGACAUUGGUCGAUGUAAAACUGUUAUUACCCUGCCUGGAGAUUGUUGCCCUACCUGCAUGGACUGUGGUAACAAGGUGAACGGAACAAGGUGGAGAGAAAACCCAUGUCAACAUUGUAGCUGUAUUAAUGGAGAAGAACAAUGUCAUACUAUCAGAUGUAACCCUCCUGAUUGUACGAACCCUCAUACACCUCCAGGGGAGUGCUGUCCUACAUGUAUUUCUUGCCUCUUUGAAGGAAAAGCUAUUAAAGAUGGUGACACCUACAAUCCAGAUAAAUGUUCCUCGUGUAGAUGUAACCAUGGAAACAUGGAUUGUAGAAAGAAGGAGUGUCCUCCUGCGUCAUGUGACAGUCCUGUAUUCAAACCUGGUUCCUGUUGUCCAGUUUGUGACAGUGGAUGUGAUUAUGAUAUGAAAAGGUGGAAGAAUGGAGAUUUAUUUAUUGCUAGUUAUGAUCCCUGCUUAAACUGUUCCUGUAAAAACUCCAUUGUCAGAUGUAUUCCUAUCCACUGCUCAUUGUCUGACUAUCCAUGCAGGAAUCCAGUUAGAAAGGGAACUAACUGUUGUGAUUAUGAAUGUCCAGGGUGCAGGGACAAUGGUGUGGACUAUACAGAAGGUGACUCAUGGCCAUCAUCAACAGAUCAAUGUAAAGUUUGUGAUUGUUCUGACGGUCUGGUUAGUUGUAGAAACAAACAGAUCUGUCCUGUAACCUGCUCUCAUGGUAUCCUUAGGAGCGGAGAAUGUUGUCAGGACUGCAAUAAUUGUUUGCAUGAUGGGAGAGUUUAUAGAGAUGGUCAGACCUUUACACAGCCAGGUGAUAGGUGUCAGCAGUGUACCUGUAACCGUGGUAAUGUCAGGUGUGAGAGAACUGGAAUAUGUCCACAAUUGUCAUGUAGAGUUACAGAGACCCCUCCUGGAGCAUGUUGCCCUAUUUGUAAAGGUUGUCAAUACGAAGGAAGAAAUUAUCGCCAUGGUGAUACCAUAACAGCUGACAAAUGUUCCAGGUGUAUCUGUAGAGAAGGUGAGUUGGAUUGUCAGCGUCCACAGUGUUCACCACCCAGAUGUAGGAACCCAGUACAACAACAAGGUGACUGUUGCCCCUCUUGUACAGAGUGCCAGUAUGGAGGACAGACAUACCAAAAUCUACAGAGGUUUACUCCAUCUGAACGGCCAUGUCUGUCUUGUCAGUGUAAUAAAGGGGAAGUAACCUGUGAGGACAAGAAACUGACCUGUCCACCUUCUUCCUGUAGCCACCCGGACACAUCCCCAGGUCAGUGUUGUCCAUCCUGUAGGGGAUGUUUCUUUAUGAGGAGGAAGUUCAGAAACAAUCAGAAGUUUGUUCCACCAGGUGGUGACGCUUGUAAAAUAUGUCUCUGUAGGGAUGGAACAGUGGACUGUCAGGACAUGGGUUGUCCCCCUUUGAACUGUAUCAACCCUGUCAAACCACCAGGUCAUUGCUGUGGUACCUGUCCAAUGGCCUGUACUGUACUUGGCAAGACAUACAACGAAGGACAAAUGUUUGACGAUCCUAAAGACAAAUGUUCUGUGUGUAUGUGCACAAGAUCUAGAACAGGGAAUGGGGAAGUGAGAUGUCAGAUGAGAAGUUGUCCUCAAGUCACAUGUAGCCAUCCAGCCCAGCGUCCAGGAGAGUGCUGUCCAUCUUGCUUUAUGUGUAGAUAUAAUGGACAAAAUAUCUUAAAUGGACAGAAUUACAUUGACCCCAGACAACCAUGUGUAGAAUGUUCCUGUUCAUAUGGUAUUGUAACAUGUACAGAUAAGAUAGGUGAAUGUCCCCCCAUAAGUUGUCCUUACCCAGAGACAGAGCCUGGUAGUUGCUGUCCUGUAUGUAAACCAAAGGAUUGUGUCAUCAAUGGAGUGGUGUUCAAAGAGGGAUUGACCUUCACCAACCCUGAUGACAGAUGUCAGGACUGUCAGUGUGACAGAGGUCAACCUAGAUGUAGGACAAGAUCCUGUCUGGAGGUCAGAUGUAGAUAUCCUAGUUUUACUGCUGAUAAGUGUUGUCAGGAGUGUGUAGAUUGUUCCUUUAAUGGAUUAGUAUAUAAGAAUGGUAUAUCCUUUGACCACCCAACAGAAAGAUGUCAGACAUGUCAAUGUACCAAUGGAGAGGUCCAAUGUCGUAGGAAAGAGUGUCCAUCUGUCUCCUGUCAGUAUCCAGUAAUGGCCGGUUGUUGUCCAGUUUGUGCUGGCUGUCAGUACCAGAACAAGAGAUAUGAAGAUGGACAAAGAUUCAUCAGUGCCGAAGAUUCUUGUCUUCAGUGUACUUGUACUAGUGGAAAUAUUGUGAAACGUAGAAAUCCAUGUCCGUCUGUCACUUGUCAACAUCCAGUCCAGGGUACAUGUUGUCAAGAGUGUAAUAACUGUCUAUAUGAGAAUCGUGUGUAUAGAAACAGACAGCGAUUCCCUGAUCCCAGUAGUCAAUGUAAUGUAUGUGAAUGUAGAGAUGGUACAGUAUCAUGUACACCUAGAGAUUGUCCCUUGAUCUCAUGUUCCAACCCAGCAUCUGGUGCAUGCUGUCCUGAAUGUUCCAACUGUCAGUAUAAUGGAGAACUUGUAAGGAAUGGAGGCAAUGUUCAAAGUACUGAUGACCCGUGUAAACAAUGUUACUGCAGAAAUGGAAAUAUUGAAUGUAGGUCACAGACCUGUGUACAGACAAAUUGUCAGUACCCCGUAAAACGAGGUUGUUGUCAGGAGUGUUCAGACUGUAUGUACCAAGGUAAAGAACAAAGGAAUAAUGACAUGUUUCCCGAUCCAACAGAAAAAUGUAAUGAAUGUUUAUGUAGAGAUGGCAAUGUCAACUGUCGUAGGAAGUCGUGUCCGUCCGUCCAGUGUAACAGUCCUGUAGCUGGUGAUUGUUGUCCAACCUGUGGGGAUUGUUACCAUAAAAAUGUUCUUUAUUCAGACGGUGCUCAGUUCAAUGAUGUGUCAGACCCCUGUAUGAAAUGUUCAUGUAGCAAUGGAAAUGUCAGGUGUGCAAGAAAAGACUGUAAUGGGAGAAAAUGUACACAUCCAGUUCAGGGAAGAUGUUGUCCACAAUGUGGGGGAGACUGUUUCUUUGAUGGAAAAAGAUAUGAUGAUGGUGUAACCUUUAAGAACAGAUGUGAAGAGUGCACCUGUACUAAAGGCAGUGUUACGUGUAUCCCUACAAGAUGUCUACCUGUGACCUGCAGUCACCCUGUCUCAGAUGAAUGUUGUCAAGUCUGUACUGACUGUAUGUAUGACAGGAAGAGAUAUAGAAACUCAGACAGGUUCCAAGAUCCAGAUGAUGCCUGUCAGGAAUGCUAUUGCCAGGAUGGAACAGUGAGAUGUGUAAAGAAACAAUGUCCAGCAGUGACCUGUAGUGACCCUGUACAAGGUCAGUGUUGUCCAGAGUGCACAGACUGUACAUAUGCUGGUCAGUUCGUCAGACAUGGUAACACAGUUGCUGAUUCAAAGGACCCAUGUUCUACAUGUACCUGUCAGUUUGGGAGUAUGAUCUGUACAAGGAAGACAUGUGCCCCAGCAUCAUGUGAUUAUCCUGUGAUAGAGAACCAGUGUGGAUGUCAGAGUUGUACAGGAUGUGACUUUAUGAGUGGUGUGUAUACAGAUGGAGAAAGAUUCAGACAUCCACAAGAUACUUGUCAACAAUGUACUUGUCAGAAUGGUAACGUCCGAUGUUCCAGAGUUACUUGUAGAGAAACAUGUGACCAUCCUUCCAACACCACAGAUUGUUGUCCUGUAUGUAGGGACUGUUUCUAUGAAGGAAAGGUCCAAAGGAAUGGGGUCACCUUUAAAUCGGAUGUAGAUCCAUGUAGAAGUUGUUCUUGUCGGAGUGGAAAUAUUGUAUGUGAGACUGUGAUAUGUCCUGUACCUAGAUGUGACAACCCAGUGACAAAUCGUGGGGAAUGUUGUCCUGUGUGCACAGUAUGCCAGUUCCAUGGUGGUACAUUUGGAGAUGGUCAAACAUUCAGUAAUCCUAGAGAUAAAUGUCAAACCUGUACUUGUAGGGCAGGAAGAGUGAGAUGUGAGGCUGUGUCAUGUGAUGUUCGUUGUACACACCCUCGACAGGGUGACUGCUGCCCUGUUUGUGAUGACUGCAUGUAUGAGGGAAGAUUAAUUGGAAAUGGAGACCAGUAUAAACCAGAUCCAUGUAACACUUGUUCAUGCCAGAGUGGUAAUGUAGAAUGUCUGACACAAACUUGUCCUAGACUGACAUGUCUGCAGACUGAGAAACUUCCAGGACAGUGUUGUGAUGUUUGCCUAGGGUGUAGAUAUAAUGGUUUAUACCACAGUGAUGGAGACGCAUGGACAAUAGACAACAACCCAUGUAAAACAUGUGCAUGUAGAGGGGGUAUUGUUACAUGUAUGGAGAUGCACUGCUUUUCUACAUGUGACAACCCGAUCAAUGUACCAGGCCAGUGUUGUCCAGUGUGUCCAACAUGUAGACAUAGAGAUAGAGUUUACAGUGAUGGUGAUAUGUUCAGUCCAUCUGGAGAUCCGUGUGAUUUAUGUGAAUGUAAGGGAGGAAGAAUGACCUGCCAUUAUGUGAUGUGUCCAGCAACUUCUAACUGUCCAGCUGACCAGAUCAUAGCUCCAUCUGUAGGGAAAUGUUGUCCGACUUGUUCUGGAGGUGGACAGAACUGUACAAGAGAAACUUAUGGGAUGACAAUUCUACCUAAACCCAGUGAUCCUUGUGUUUCCUGUCAGUGUACAAGUUCCUUGAGUUGGAUUUGUAGGAAAGAAGUGUGUCCAUUGUUGAACUGUCCACCAGCUGUCCAACUGAAAGAAGACAGAGAAUGCUGUCCUAAAUGUCCACCUUGCCAUGAUACUACCACAGAUCGAUACUACAGAGUUGGAGCUGUAUGGACAGAUAGAGACAAUCUUUGUCUACAAUGUAGAUGUGUUGACAAAGCUGGUAGCAAGAGCUGUAGGUUAAUAGGAUGUCAAGCUCUCAACUGUCUUGCAGAUGAAAGAGAGGUCAGACCACCAGGGGAAUGUUGUAAAGUCUGUGAAGAGUAUCCCAAGACACCCUGUCAAUAUGAUGGGGUCAGGAGACAGUCUGGAGAAACGUGGAAGAAAGAUGCAUGUACCACCUGUAAAUGUUAUGGAGAUAAUGUUGACUGUACCAAGGAACAGUGUAUAGAUCCUGACUGUAGUCCUGAUUAUUCCUUAGUUACACAACCUGGACAAUGUUGUCCUGUCUGUGUGUUACAGCCUGGUAGUUGUAUUGUGUAUGGUGAUCCCCACUAUCAGACGUUUGAUGGAAACACUGUACAUUUCCAAGGCAACUGUAGAUAUAUAAUGUCUGAAGAUUGUGAAGGGUCAGGAGAUUUCAGGGUAGAAGUAACACACCAUGAUAGAGGAUUCUCCGGGAUAUCAUGGGCACAAAACUUUACUAUAGUUAUUGGAAGAACAAGGAUUGAUUUAUUACAGAACUUUGAAGUCAGGGUGGAUGGUUUACCAAUGAAUCUGCCUUACAAGAGUAGGAGAGAUUUUACUAUAGAUGUCAAAGAUCAAACAAUACUGUUGGAUACCACUUUGGGAUUACAGUUUGUAUGGAAUGGAGAGAGUUAUGCUGCUCUGACAGUACCAGGGACUUACAAGAGACAAUUAUGUGGUCUGUGUGGUAACUUCAAUGGAUUUGAUAGGGAUGAUAUGAAAACUUCAUCUAUGCAAAUUACCAACUCACCAAGUGUAUUUGGUAAUAGUUGGAAGACAAAAUCCCAGCUGAAUCCUGGGUGUAGAGAUGCAGAGGACUUUGAUCCGUGUGAUGCUCAAAUCUUCCGUACCAGAAAAUAUGCUCAACAACAAUGUUCUGUACUAACAGGACCGAAGUUUAGUCGAUGUCACAGAGUAGUUAAUCCUCAAUCUUUCUUCACUUCGUGUGUGUAUGAUGUGUGUGCUUGUGGUGUGGAGGAGACCUGUCUAUGUGAAUUGUUAGAGGCCUAUGUGUUAGAGUGUGCUAGGAAUGGUGUACGGCUGGAAUGGAGAUCAGAAGGUUUAUGUGCACUUGACUGUGAAGAAGAGAAAGGAUUUGUAUUUGAUGAGUGUGGACCUGUCUGUCCUCGUGACUGUUCUAAUUACCAGACACCCAUCAGUGAUAUGCCAGAACAGUGUUAUAAACCAUGUGAAGCAAGCUGUCAGUGUCCGGCAGAUAAAGUCUUACACGAGGGCAGGUGUAUUAAUCCAACUCAAUGUCCACCAACUAACCGUGGAGAUAUUCCUGUUAAUGGACGGUGAUCGUAAACUUAAAUUACCACAAUGAUAUUAUUUCGGUUAUUAAAUGUUGAAAGGAUGUAAAUUCAUGAUCUUCAUGACUGAGCUAUGGAAGAGCAAGUUGAAGGUAGAAAAAAAUGACAGAGAAUGUUGUAGAGUCAAAACACACAUCUUUUUCAAGAAUAAUAAUUUCUAGGCAUUAUAUGUUUAAUCUAUGGAAGGCAUAAGUUAUGAAUACGUAUGUUGUACUAGAUAUUUCUUGUUAUAUUUUAUAUGUGUGGCACAGAGGGGGUAUUUUCUGUGAAAAUGACAAAAUAUUUAAGAAUUGUGAAGAUCAUUCCACUUUAAAUGGACUAAAAAAAGGGGGGAUAAGCAAUUGAUUGAGAUUUGACUUGAGGGCAAUAUUUCAAGUAAUCAGUAUUCACUAAACAUGGGAAUGAUCCCAUUAGGAACAAAGCUAGGGUAAAGGGCUUUAUCUUUAUUCAGUUUUUCAUAGAAAUCACCAAACCAUAAGGUACUACAUUGAUAUAUAUUCAAUGUUUUUCCCCAUACAAGGUAAUUGUUCCUUUGUUUUGGUACAUGUAAGUGUUGCAAUGGUGGGCAUAUAAGAAUA